AUCUUUAUAUAAACCAAGAAAAUAUUAAGAUUAAAAAAGGAAAAGAAAGAAAAACACACAUAUGGAUUGUUGCAUGAUUUACAAAUGUGUAUCUACAAUUGAUCUAAGUAAUUGCUUCAUUUGAAAAGCUGUAUACACUUCAUAAGACUAAAGAUAUAAUUUACGAAUUUCUCAAUACAUGUUUGUUCGUGUAUUAUUACCGUUUUCGUUGGGAUAAAAGUUUAACUGAUUUCAUAAGCUACGGGAUUAACAUAUCGUGUAUGAAGUGUACAACAGAGAGACGGUGAAUAAACUAUGGAUUAAAAGCAACAAGGAUGUCAGGAGAGUUAGUGUCCUUGACGUAGGUGUCAUUUACACGUGACAUACCACGUAGUGCGACAAGAACACGUGUUUGUGUUUUGGAAAACGUGUCAAUUGCAAAGUAGUGUUAAUUGUGUCGAGUUUUCAUUUACAAAUAUUCAAGCAUGUCAUAUUCAGGCUGAAUAUACGCACAAAAAACUGACAUUUGCACCGUGUUUGAUGUAUGAAGCAAGUACGUAAGUAACAGCAUUUAUAUGAAAGCGUUUUAAUUAAAGUAUUACAUAUAACAAAGAGCUGAUCAUGCAAUUGUGGAUCAUUUAUUUAUAAAAACUGGCAUUCCGACAGAAUUAGGCAAGAGAUAUAUGGAAAAUAUUUUACGGAGCCAACAUAACAUCAAUUCGAAACAGAUACAAAGAUUUUGUGCGUGAUAGAUUAUAUACAAAUUUUCUCCUUGGAUGAAACAAAAGUAAGACAUUAAUGCUAGUGGUAAGUGAAAAAACAUCUGAUCGACAUGUAAACGAGAAAAAGAUGUAAAUAUCUGACAAGUGUGACGGGACUAAUCAUCUACAUUUUCGAAAUAUGAUGUGAAUUUCUAAAAUUAGCUAACAUACUGGAAGUUAGGCAAGAAAUCUUUCUUCUAUUUUAAGACCACAUUAAUAUAAUUUGUCAUUGAGAGUCGAUGAAAAAAGAUCUUACGUGAUGUGCUUUUACGUAAUCAUAUUUUUGUGUAUCUAGAUUUAUUUACUACUGAAAUCAGAUUUAAUAAUGUCCUAACAUGUAACGCCUAUGCUAAAGUUCAGCCAAUAGAAAGACGAAACACGCGCUUUUAAGCGAACUGAAAGAAAAGUACGAAUAGCUUCACAGCGGAGCUUACUUGAGUUCUUGGUAACUCGGAUUGUUGAAGUGUGUAUAAAAUUACCCAGUAGUAUUUACUUGAAGUAUGCUGUAUGAUUAAUGUUAUUUGUAAAUAUAUAUAAUUCAUACACAUAAACUCUCCGCGCCAAUACUGCUUCCAGACGGACGGAAUAAAUCCGGAAACGCUACUAAAAUUGAUACAGGUGGCGCUUUUUAUGAAAGUGAAUAAAUACACAGAUACUGCUUUACUAAUUCAGACUUUGAAUAGAUUUCAUUAUAUUUUAUUUUGGUUUAAUUUGUGAGCCGAACUCGUUUAAAAUUAAUUUUCUAUUAAGAAUUUGAGAAAAAAUAAAGGUUAAUGAAAAAUAUAAGACACAGUUUAAUAUUGAUAUAGUUCUUGUGUACCUGUGAAAAUAUAUAAGAUUAUUUGCGUUUGAUAACAUUUUGUUUAAAUCAUGUAUACUACGAUACCAAAGGAUUGGCGGAAUGAUUUUGGACCAAACGUGACAAUUGAGGACCUGAACGACGUUCUUGUGGAUUUACAUAUACCAACUAUUGUGUUCAUAGCGAUACUGAUGGUGGUCGGGGUGUUUGGUAAUAUACUAGUUCUGUACAUAUACACCACCAAAUAUCAUCCGUCAACUUAUAGAAGUUUUAUUCUGUGGUUAGGAUGGAUAGACCUUAUAGCUUGUACCGUCGGUAUGCCUUUGUUAAUUGUUAGUAUGCUUUAUCCGUAUAUGUUUCCCUCGGAAGCAGCGUGCAAGUGCUUCCGUUUUCUGCACGUAUUUUUUGUGGUCAGUUCAGCUUUCAUCGUGAUGGCUAUAGCAAUAGAAAGACAUCGUCGAAUAUGUAAUUCAUUCUCCAGAGAAAUGACUCCGAAGAAAAUCAAACUGAUGUGCCUGGUGGCUUCUAUCUUGGGCUGCGUCGUCGCUGUGCCGGCGAUAUUUGUUUACGGCGACGCCGUCGUGGAAACCGGUGUGAACAAUAUCACAGGAACAGAGUGUUUUAUUGACCCGGACUAUAAAAAUUCUGAUUUACCGAAAGGAUAUUUUAUUUUUCAACUAUUACGGAGUGUCGUUUCGAUGAUAAUUAUGGGGAUUUUCUACUUUCGUAUUGGCAAUAAGAUCUGCAUACACCAUAAAUUCAUCAGAGAAAACACGUAUAAUAGCAAAGGGUCAUCUGAAGAAAAUAAAGCUAAGGUAAAGAAGGUCAAGGAUAAAAAUGGAGUUUUGGUCGAAAAAGAUCACAAGGUGGCGCUAGAAUCGCCCGAGUAUUGCAACAAAAACACGAAUGGAUCGACCCUAACUAUGGACAAUUUAGAAAUUAAAAAAGAUCCGUAUGGCGAGUUGAUGAAAAAGGUUGUGUCUGCAAAGGAGAAAUCACGUUCAAAUUCACCAGUCUCGCGAGAUUCCAGGGAAUCGACGCCAAAGUCAGAGCGUCUGAGUAGACAGAGAAAUCGGCUCGAAUCGAACAAAAGUGAAAAAAGUGUGAAAACUGGACCAAGUUUACGUACCAAACAAGUCACAUUCAUGCUAUUUAUAAUAACGGUAGUGUUUAUUUUAUCUUUUGUGCCACACUUAGUGCUUAUGGUCAUAAACUCCAUGAACCCUUUCUUUGUUAAAGACAUGUCCCCAGCAGAGAUAGCUAUUUACAAUGUAUUCCUACGCUCAUUUGUUAUAAACAAUAUGGCUAACCCUAUUAUUUACGGAUUUUGUGAUAAGAAGUUCCGGUCAGAAUGUGCGGACCUAGGAUGGAGAAUAAUGACUUGUGGAAGGCGCUGAUAUAAAAACAACAUUUUGUUUGAAGCAAACUUUCUUUGUGGUGUCGUGUCAAAUGAUGUCUCUGCAUAAUUUAUCUAGUCAUAAUUGUGAUAUCUAAUUUGCCAAAGUAUAAACAUUAUUGCUCUUGUUGUUGUCGUUGAUGAAGGAAACACUGUGAAAAAUACUAAUAUGCUCCACUAUCAGGUUUACUACUCAAUAUUACUGCAUUGUACUAAUUGUAUUACUCCUAACUCCAAGCUCAUAUAGAAUGUUCAAAAAGUGCAAAAUCAAAUUUCAGAUAUUUGACUGGUCAGAAAACAGCAAAGAAUGUAUAUUGACCAAUGAAUAUCUUGAGAUUUGAAUCAGAGUCAGACAAAAGUGUUAUAACCUUGAGGAGGCCAAAUUUACAAAAGAAAUGUUACUAAAGUUCUGUAUGCUUAAUGAAAACAUUAAAACAACCAACUAUGCGUAAAAUAUAAAAUUUAGAAAAACCUUAAUUAUUUACUUCAGAUAGAAUUAUAACUUUCUUUUUGUGGUGUUAUUAUAAAUUAAUAUGUUCUUGAACACUAACUAAAGAAAAAAAUGCAUCAUGUAUAUUUGUACAAAUUUGAUAACUGUAUUUUACUGAGUUGCACGAUUUAAACACAGCUUUUGUCGGUUCUUUCCUGAAUUCUCUUUUUAGAGUUUUUAUUGAAUACUUUUAUCUUUCUGUUUGCAUAUAAUGCAGUUAUUAUGAAAAUUUCUUCCAGUUUUUUUACAAGUUACUGUUAACUCGUGCCAAAUUACAAUCGACGCUCUAUUAACAGAUUUUUUUUCACAACAUAUUAAUUAAUGUUCUUUAAUCUUUAAAACGAGCAAUAAAACUGCAUAUUUGAUUUUGGUUUGUUUCCAGUUUGUUUUCAGUAGUAUUCCCAUUUGGCGAUGUUUUAUGAAAAAUAGUCCACUUUUUUAAAAUAUAACUUCUAUUAUAUUUUGCUCAGAUUUUCUUUUAGUCUUUUCACGCAUAAAUUAACAAAUUUGUUUACUUAAUGACUGAAUGAUUUUUGAUGAAUAAAUAUUUACAUUGAUUUCUUUUAUUCCAGAUGCAGUAUUCAAUAAAA